AUGAUUUUGAAGUUGGRGCGUUGGUUGAAACAACGCCGUGAACACGCCAUCCUCCCCAACGACUCACCCACAGUGUCGUUCGAUGGCGGCUCAGUAGACGACGCUUUGGUCAGGGACCAAGACACGUUUACUGGUCGAGGCUUCUUGGAAGGCAGUUCGGCGCCCGAUGUCGACGCCAACAGCGACGACGCUGCGCUUCUUKCGMUUCAGAGCGAGCGGAUUUGGAGAGACGUGAUGCGUGUUCAUAACAGUGCCACUGCAAUUGGACUGUACCAGCUAAGCCACUCCGAUCCUGACUCCCUUCUCAACGGAUGGCAUCGCGUUGGGUUCUACGGCGAGGAUACUGUCGGUAGAAGAGGCAUGGCCGACGGGAUCUCCUAUUCCGCAAGCACGACAACUUAUUACUUUGAGCCUUUGGAUGACGACGAGCCAUUGACGCAGCCGUUGCGCAACGAAGGCGUCGCAAAUGAUGAGUCGGCGGCCGAAGCCACAGAGCAUCAGUCAAGCGGGAAAGUUUUGAAGCGCAAGUCUGCAGUCGUGGAAGAUUCAGACGACGAAUUCAUGAGUCCUACCAUGGCGUCGGCCACCGCUGCGGCCUUGACCAUGAAUCGCAACUCCAAGCGUCAAGCGCGAUUCAAAAUUCAAAAGCAACUGGAUUCUGAUUCUGAUUCGGAGCUUAGCGAGGAGGAAGAGGCGGUGGAGGAGGAGGAGGAGGAGGAGGAGGAACCUCUCAAAAAGACUGCCGCACAGGUGAAGAAGAUUUCUCGGAGCACCGCCCCAUCAAAGGCGACUAAUACUGUUGGCAAAGCCUCGAGUUCGUCGUCCAAGCCCGCUUCAACCACCCGCGCUCGAUCCAAGCUGGCUGGCCCGAAGAACAACACGACAUCCAACUCGGCCGUCCUGACCGCAUCCACUACCAAGGAGAAAAAGAUGAAGUGGAACUACCGCAUGCGGUUCGUCCUCCACGAGCUCUUUGUACACUCGACAACCAGCAAGGAUGAGAAAGAGAACAUUUUCAACGAAAUCUUUCAAGCCGACCUCACCGCUCGCGGCAUCACACAUCCUAUCGACAUUGAGAAAAUGCGCAAAGCCGAAUCAGAUAAGAAGCGCACGACUAAUCAGACUCGCAUCAUCGCAGACUGCGUCAAGAUCUUGGCGGACGAUGCCACCGACCAGGCGGACGAUGCUGCGGGUGUCCAAGGCGGUGCUGGUCGUGCCACACGCGAUUCGAUCAGAGCUGAGAUCGUGAGUGCAGCUGUACACCACAGCAUCACGUUCGUCAGGACAUGA